AUGAUGCGCGACAUCGACCUGAAAGCCUUCUUUGCAGAACAAGAUGAACGGAUGACGCUUCCGGACGAGAGCCAUGAGGAGUUUCUAGAACGAAUGGCUUCAUUCACCCGACAAAACCAAGUCUUUCAUGUUCUCUCCCCUCGAAUGCCCAGCGACGCCUCUUCUAUGUCGGCUCACAACCCAGAUACGACGUUGGAUCGCCCGACCUCGUCUUUUGUAUCUAUUGACCGCGGAGAGGUGCUGGAUGAAUGGAAGACUAUUUUUGGCUGUUCUGGUGAUGUUAGGACCGCAAAGCGCAAGGCGUCUGACCAGGAAUUAGUACCCACUGCGGGCAAGCGUAAGAAAGUCGCCGAUCAAGUUCAAGAUAGCCACCAAGAUGUUAGCAAUCUAGUGCCAGACGAUCCAACAGCAAAUGCUUCAAUCAUACCUCAUCAAGUUUACGACACAUCCAUGGCCAGGUCUGAUUUGCAAGAAAUUUCUUGUAUCCAACAACCCAGUCCCGGAACAGAAGUGAAACCGAACAAGAGAAAGUCUCUAUAUCCUGCCUCAAGUCGGACGCCAUCCAGGAAACGUUUCUUAGAGGAAAAUCGCAUGCCACAAGCGUCUGCAUCACCUAGCGCUGCGAACAUUAGAUCCAUUCCAAAAGCGCAGCAGCGUCGAUCCCAGUCUAAUGAAGAUCCACCACAUGAAGAAGGUCUUGAAGAUGUACCAGAAGAAAUCGACUCCUUCACGGCUGAACUGACGGUUCCACCGCCUCUUCCCAAGACUGUUCAAGAUCGGACUAAGAAAUCUAAAAAGGGUCAUUCUGCCCAAGGUCUUCGCAGCCCAGAUGCAAGUCAUAGCCCGAUAAUGUCGUUCUCUAAAACCAUUAGCACUUCUCCGAGACGCCCUCAGAAUCAGUAUAUUGCGAUCCCGAAGUCAAACCCUCCACUUGAUCUCCGACCUCUGGACGAAGCUACACUCCUCAAUACAAAGAUGCGACAGCGCCAACCCUCUGGUCCUCCAACAUCACCAAUAGAAGAUAUAAGUGUCCUACGCGCGGCCCCCGAAAAACGAGUUGGGAAGCCAGGUCCAGCAGCAGCAGAACCAAGCAAGCUGUACUUGGAAGUCCAGCAACGGAUCGCGAAACACGCCAGUACGAAGCAGCGAGAUAAAGUCCUAAAGACGGCCCCAAUAGACGAGUCUUCUAUUAUCUAUGUUUCUUCAUCUCCGUCCUCACGCACAAGCUCUCCUGCACCAGUGGCACCCGAAUCGUCAAAAAAAGCACAGACGGAACAGUCGAAGCCAGUAGUUGCGAAACGGAAAGUGCACAGAAAGAAAGAAAAGCCGCAGCCAAUGACUCCAACCGAAUACGCUCGCAUGCUGCAGGCAAAGGCUGCCGCGGCGGCUGCCGAAGCUGCAGAGGGGCAAAUGAACGAUGCAGAAGGCUCAACCUCGAAGCCACCAAUGAAGAAGAGAAAGAGCCCCACGGUGAAGUUCCUUAGCGGAAAGAAUAUCUUCUACGCCGGCGGUGAUAUGCGGAACGCGUCAGAGACUACUCGAGCCAAGAUGGACAUCAUCGUGCGCUUUGGCGGAAACUUGAUUCCAGUAUUCGACCCGAAGGUCACUACACAUAUCAUCACAGAUGCUCAUAUGGGAUCGACGCUCAAAGCUCUCGGAGUGAAGAAGCUGAAGGACAUUCCAGAGAACAUCCCUACCGUGACAUGGAAAUGGGUCCUUUCUGUCUUGGGAAGUGAAGGGGUGCUCUCGCAAGAUGAGAUUGACGGAAGGCUCAACGAGGUGUGGCAGUACGCGGCCUUCAGCGAGCGGCUAGAUGCUGGUUAUCAGCCUAAGAAAACAGUCUCCAUCGCUUCGUUCAAAUUCAAGGGGAAAAUGAAGGCCGUCGAUCCAGCUAGCGGCGCACAACGGACUGAUUCUUCCACCGUCGUUUUGCAACCCCAACCAAUCCCUGCUUCUAACCACAUCCAACACGUUAGCAAUUCUGUCACCCUCCAAUCCCGCCAUAUAGGCGCACCUCUCUCCCCUCCGACACCUCCGGAAUGUCCGCAGGCUGCAGCUUCUUCCUCCAAAUCUACCCUGGACCAAGAUCCGCAUAAAUCCGCGCAAGAGUCUGAAGACCCCCUUGCCGAGUUCUAUGAUCGAGCAAGGGGGGAUCAGAAGCUUAGGGACGAAGGGUGGUCCAGUUUGGGAGAGUCAGAUGCAGAUGAUGCGAACGACGAUGGAGAUGAAACGGAUGACGAACUCCCUGCACCUCUCGGCCCAGUGAAGAGAGAAAAGAGGGGUUGGACUUGUGACAAGAAAGAGCCUCAGAGAACGACGGACUCUCCGAAUCAAGAUAUCAUUGACAAGCUGACUGAACUAAUGGAACUACAUAAAGCAAAGCUGGGAGGUGAAGAUCAUUGGCGUGCAUUCAGCUACAACAAGUGCAUCCGCGCGUUGCGAAAUUAUCCCCGCCGUAUCAAGACUGCGGAGGAAGCUCGUGGUAUAGGUGGUGUUGGUAAGAAAACAGCUCAGAAGAUCGUGGAAAUAUUGCAGACAGGCGACCUCCGCCGCAUUGCGUAUGAGAAGACUAAGGAUGUUGAGGUUACCCGCCUUUUUCAAGGCAUCUAUGGUGUUGGUCAAUCCAUUGCCUUCCAGUGGUACGCUGCGGGAUGCCGGACGCUUGAAGACCUACAAGCCGGCAAAGGUGGCGUCAAGCUGUCGCAUGUCCAAAGAAUUGGCCUUCAGCAUUAUGAUGAUAUCAACUCUCGGAUGCCUCGCGCCGAAGCAAGAGAGAUAUUUGAACUGAUCAAGCCGAUUGCUCUCUCCAUCGACCACAAAUUGUUUGUUGAGAUCAUGGGAAGCUAUCGAAGAGGAAAGGUGGAUUGUGGCGAUAUCGACAUUCUCCUUACCCGUCCGACAGACGAUGGAUCAACGCACAGCGGAGUCAUCCCUCGCCUGCUUGAAGAACUUCACGCUGCUGGAAUUCUUACAGAGGACCUAGCCCUUCCUGACGAACCAUUCGAUCUCGAGUGCACGUAUCGUGGUUUGUGUCGGCUGCCUCAUGUGGACGGCUCAAGACAUCGGAGGAUUGAUUUUCUGAGCGUCCCGUGGACGUCAAGAGGAGCAGCCUUGCUCUAUUACACAGGCGAUGAUAUUUUCAAUCGUGCAAUGCGCUACAAGGCCAACGUGCUGGGCUACUCUCUGAAUCAGAAGGGGUUGUUCGGAAACGUCGUCCGAGACCCCCGCAAUCGACGCGUCAAGUUCAACGACGGCGUCCUCAUUGCAUCUGAAACCGAAGAGGAGAUAUUCAAGAUUCUCGGAGUUCCUUGGCAGGAGCCGCAUGAGCGCGUCCGCGGUUAG